AUGGAGCCCCCCACCCCCUUGCCCACCAACGCCUCCUCCACCAACGGCGCCGACAACGGCACAGAGGGCAACCAGUUCCUGCAGCCGCCCUGGCAGAUCGCCCUGUGGGCCGCAGCCUACUCCGUGGUGGUGGUCACCUCCGUGGUGGGCAACGUGGUGGUCAUUUGGAUCAUCCUGGCCCACAAGCGCAUGAGGACGGUCACCAACUUCUUCCUGGUCAACCUGGCCUUCGCCGAGGCGUCCAUGGCCGCCUUCAACACGGUGGUCAACUUCACCUACGCCGUCCACAACGAGUGGUACUACGGCCUCCUCUACUGCAAGUUCCACAACUUCUUCCCCAUCGCCGCCGUCUUCGCCAGCGUCUACUCCAUGACGGCCGUGGCCUUCGACAGGUACAUGGCAAUCAUCUACCCACUGAGGCCGCGCCUGUCGUCGGGGUGGACGCAGGCGGUGGUGGGACUGAUCUGGACGCUGGCCCUGCUGCUGGCCUUCCCGCAGGGCUACUAUUCCACCACGGAGCAGCUGCCCGCCCGCACCGUCUGCCUCGUCCAGUGGCCCCAGCAGCCCGGGCAGACCUUUGAGAAGGCGUAUCACAUCUGCGUGACGGUGCUCAUCUACUUCCUGCCCCUCCUGGUGAUCGGCUACGCCUAUACCAUGGUGGGCAUCACCCUCUGGGCCGGGGGCAUCCCCGGGGACUCGUCCGACCGCUACCACGAGCAGGUGGCCGCCAAGCGAAAGGUGGUGAAGAUGAUGGUAGCAGUGGUAUGCGCAUUUGCGGUGUGCUGGCUGCCUUACCACAUCUUCUUCCUGCUGCCCUACCUGAGGCCUGACGCCUACCUGGACCCCUGCAUCCAGCAGGUCUACCUGGCCGUCAUGUGGCUCGCCAUGAGCUCCACCAUGUACAACCCCGUCAUCUACUGCUGCCUCAAUGAACGGUUCCGCUUCGGGUUUCAGCGGGCCUUCCGGUGGUGCCCGUUCAUCCGGGUGGGCGACUACGAGGGCCUGGAGCUCAAGUCCACCCGCUUCCUGCAGACGCAGUGCAGCACGUACAAGGCCAGCCGCGCGGAGACCACCAUCUCCUCCGUGGCCGGGCCCGGCGAUGUCACCCUGGAGGCGGGCAUCAAGACGGAGCCCUCAUCCCUGGACCUGGCCUCCAACGGUUCCUCCUCCCGCGGAGACUCCAAGGCCGUGUCUGACACCUUCAGCUUCUACUCCAACUCUCUGUCCUGCUGA